AUGAAAUAUCAACUAUCGAUCAUUGGAGAUGAGACCAGACUCGAUCCUCAAUCUUUUACUGCAUUCACUGUAAGCGUUGUUGUUUAUAUGGUGAGUGUGGUAACACAAUAUAAACAAUGGAAUAUAUAUAGGAGGUACAGUCAGUUUCACGAGUUGGAUAUGCAGAUCAAGGUAUUGUUUCCAAAGAUCAAGCUGUCUAAACUCCCAAAGAAAUAUAUAUUCAAAACCAGCACCAAUAAGGAGUUGGUAGAAGAGAGAAAACGUCUUUUACACAAGUAUCUCACCGAUUUAUUAAAGAAUGAAGGAAUAGUAGAUAGUGAUGUUUUAUCACAAUGGUUAGCUCCAAAGAAUGAUCCUGCAUUUACAUCAUUAGCAAAUCCAGAUAAAGAAGGUUUUCUAGUAAAAGAAGGACAUGUAAUAAGAAGUUGGAAAAAGAGAUAUUUUAUAUUGAAAGACGGACUUAUAUAUUAUUUUAAACAUCAAUCUGAUCCAGAACCAACUGGUAUGAUACCUGUGAUAGGUAGUACAAUAAAGAGACUUGGAGAAACAGAGCGUAGAUUUACUUUUCAAAUUAUACAUAAUCAUGACUUGUUCCCGUUACUCACCAUUCAGGCAAGAGACGAGACAGAGUGUGAAGCUUGGAUUCAUGCGAUCGAGUGUUCACAGCAGCGCUACGCAGAGGAAGAGAUGUGUAGGCGUACCGAGGAGGAGUUGGAGCGACAGAAACGAAACAAUGGCGCCAUCAUCAAAAAGUCAGGUUCUUUCGAGUUCUCCACGUUGACAUCGGCAUCGGCACCGACCUCGCCAAUGCAAUCGUCGUCUGUUCCCACUGACUUGAGUCGUCGUCCGCCACAGAAAUCGAAAUCCGACUUCAAUUUGAAUAUCUCUGGAUUGUCGAGCAGCGGUGGCGCUACCUCUACCACAGCAUCAUCCUCCUCACCACUGCUCUCUGCCAACAGCAUUGGAACACACUCAUCAUCACGUUCAUUCAACGAUAAAUACACACAUCAUCAACACCAUCAUCAACAUCAACAACAACAUCACCUACAUAAUCCUCAAUAUCAUAGCCGUCUUCUUCCUUCGCUAAACAGCAGUGACGAUGAAGAACCGGAACAUCAACAAUCCAGUCAUAAUCCACAUUAUUUCUAUCCAUUGAGCGCUUCAAACAACAACAACAACAACAAUAACAAUAACAACAUUAGUAGUAACAAUACAAGUAACAAUAGUAUCAUCAACAAUAUCAGUAAAAUAACUAAAUAUCAAUAUAGUAGUAAUAGUAACAGUAAUAAUCCAACACCGAAUACAUCACCAUUGAUCAAUGGUUCAUCGCAAUCGUCAUCGCCAAUUAUUUUUUCCAAUCAAACCUCGUCAAAUUCGUCGGCGGCAUCGUCGACGUCGUCAUCAUCAUCGUCAUCGUCUUUUCUCACAGCCAUCAACAAUUAUUUGAACCCGAAAUCACCAAAGUUAUCACCGAAAUCUCCGAGUCACACCAGAAACAGGUCGUCACCGGCAGUUGUACCUUUACCUUUUAGUCUCAACCCAAACAACAAUAACAUUAUCACAUCAGUUUCCACCAACAAAUCGAAUAACAAUCCACCUACUACCAUCAUCAACAAACAUAUCAGUCAGCUGAAAUCUGACUCCUCACUAUUAUCACCGAACCUCUCAUCGUCAUCGUCGUCGUCAUCGUCGACACUCUCAACAGCAUCGUCUUCCACCACCAUAAACACCGCCAAUUCAUCUUCAACUACGUCGUCACCUUCACAUCAUGCACCACCUCUUCAAAAGACAUCGUCACUCUCAGAGUUUAUUGGAAACUCCAAGAGAGAACGAGAGAACAACAAGAACAAAACAAGCAGCAACGGCAACAACUUGCAAGACAGCAGCGGCAGCAAUCGAUCACGUGCACUUACACUACCGGUCAAACCCAACGAGUCGAUUCUCAACGUUGUCCACUCCAAGAGUGCGUCAAAAGAGAGAAAGUACAACUCACAGCGAACCACCCGAUUCUCCAGCGAUGGUCGUCCCACUUUCGAUAUCAACCAGAAGCUUUUUUCAACUAAAGAGAGUGUAGACCGCAAGAUUCAAACAUUCUUGGAUGGCAUCAAACAGGAUCAAUCGAACGAGCAAAUUGUCGCUGCCAUCAAAAUGAUAUCGGCUCGCAUCUUUUCGUUGUCGGUGUCGGAGCAGCGUGAGCAGUGUUCUCAGAUCGUCCAAUCGAUUCAAUCGCUGUUUUCCAACCAUUGUUGUAACAAUAGUAUUGGUGAACGUGCUUCAUCAGCCACCUCAUUAGUUUCCAGAAUGCUGUUUAUCUUCUCAGAGUUUGCAAGAGUCGUAGACGUUCUCAAUCCAACCAACUACCAAGACAGCAUCAAUAAGAUUGUCGAACCAUCGCAGUUGACUAGAUCGAUGUUGUCGAUGAGCACAGAGAUCUUUGAUACCAAACGUCUGUCUCGUAGUCUUCAAAACUUUGAUAGUAUAUCACCACCCAAUCCAUUGAUCUUCCAAAACAAUCAGCAAUCGACAUCGUAUCGUGAGCCAUCAGAGUUGGCAGCAAUUGCCAACAACACUGCCAAUCUCAGUCAAAGUAAUCUCAGCAGUACAUGCUCGAGUCACAGUAACAGUAGUAACAGUUUAGAUAGUUUUGUAUUGGUAUCUGCUAAUGUCAAUGGUAGUAAUAACUUUGGUAAUUUAGUAGAGAAACGUUCAGAGUUGUCAGAUUUGAUGCGUGGACAACAACAGAUGCAACAGCAACAACAACAUAUACAAGAACAACAAUUACAGCAACAGAUAUUCAUUGGUAAUAAUGAGCAUGUUGAUGAUGAAGAUCGUUUAGUUGUUUGUAGGAUUUGUGAGGAUUCAUACAGCACUCGUCAACUCAAAGUACACACUCCACUCUGUGCUCUAACCAACAAGCAUGAUUUCAAACACUCGACUCACGAUGAACGUCUCUAUUCAAUGCUGAAUCUAUCAAAGGGAAUUCUAAUGGAUUCUCUUGCCAGUCCAGAUUCAUUCAGCAAUUGCUCCUACUAUAUCGAUGACGAUAUUAUCAUGCAACUCGAACAGGUCGUUGAAGAGGUGGCAGCCAUUGCCUACGGAACCAAAGAGUCGGUAACUCUCUGUCAAAAGGCAAUCGAUGCAGUACAGUCAAUCAUCGAUGAAAACGAUCAAGACGUUGCUCUUCUCACCUUUGGAAAGCGUAUCCUCAAGAUACUCGAAGAAAAGAAGGUUACCUAUGUACAAUACACACAGUUCCAAACAGCGGCAGCAGCAGAUUCCUCCAACAGCAAAGGCAGUAAGAAGCAAUGGUCGAUGUGGGGAUUGCUCCCAUUCAUCAAAUCCAUGUCGAAUUCACCACAGAAAGAAGUACUACCUUCACCAGUCACCGUUGCCACACCCACCACCAACAACAACAACGCCAACAAGCAACAACAACAACACAGUUUGAGUAUCUCUGACUUUGAAAUUAUUAAACCAAUUUCACGUGGUGCAUUUGGACGUGUCUAUUUGGCGCAGAAAAAGAAAACCGGUGAUCUCUAUGCAAUCAAGGUGCUCAAGAAGCUGGAUACCAUUCGUAAGAACAUGGUUGAUCACGUCAUUAUCGAGCGAAACAUUCUCGCCACUGUACAGAAUCCAUUUGUUGUCAAGUUGUUCUACGCAUUCCAAUCGACCGACAAACUCUAUCUCGUCAUGGAGUAUCUGAUCGGUGGUGAUUGCGCAUCGUUGUUGCGUGCCUUGGGUUGUUUCGAUGAGACAAUGGCUCGCCACUACAUUGCAGAAACCAUACUCUGUCUUGAGUAUCUCCAUAAACACUCGAUUAUUCAUCGUGAUCUCAAACCCGAUAACAUGUUGAUUGACUCAAAGGGACAUAUCAAACUGACGGAUUUCGGAUUGUCCAAGAUUGGUAUUCUCGAGGAUUCCACCAAGCAGCAUGACCAACAACCGCCUUCGCCAACCACCUCGCCCAUCCCAAUGGGUUUCAGUGCAAAUAUUAUAGCUGCAGUGCCGCCAACCAACUAUCCAAGAAAGCAGACACUCAAGAAGAAACCUCUGAAAAAAGUCGUUGGAACACCCGACUAUUUGUCGCCAGAGAUUCUGCUGGGAACUGGUCAUGGCACCCCAGUCGAUUGGUGGGCACUCGGUAUCAUUCUCUAUGAAUUCCUGACUGGAGCACCACCCUUCAACGAUGACACUCCAGAGUUGAUUUUCGAACACAUUUUGAAUCGCGAUCGUGAGAUCGAGUGGACCGACGUCAGCCACGAAGCCAAAGAUCUCAUUUUGGCAAUCAUCGAAUUGGAUCCGGUGAUUCACAUGGCAGCGGUGGAUAUCAACAGAUCACUCACUCUGAACGCAACCUACUGA